AUGUUCAGAAACGCUCUCAAGCAGUCCAGCCGGACGGUGGGUGCAAUUUCUGCCUCUGGCAGAAUUGCCACGCGAACUGCCACUCCAGCAACUUUCAACGCAGCAUCAAAAUCAGUCCGAAGCUACGCAUCUGAUGCUAAGGCCUCCCCCACCGAAGUUUCCUCCAUUCUUGAACAAAGAAUUAGAGGCGUUCAAGAAGAGUCCGCUCUUGCCGAGACUGGACGUGUUCUGUCUGUUGGUGACGGUAUCGCUCGUGUCCAUGGUAUGAGCAAUGUCCAAGCCGAGGAACUUGUCGAGUUCGCAUCCGGUGUCAAGGGCAUGUGCAUGAACUUGGAAGCUGGCCAAGUCGGUGUUGUGCUUUUCGGUUCUGAUCGUUUGGUCAAGGAGGGUGAGACCGUCAAGCGUACCGGAGAGAUUGUCGAAGUUCCAGUUGGAAUGGAGUUACUCGGCCGUGUUGUUGAUGCUCUCGGAAACCCAAUUGAUGGCAAGGGACCAAUCAAGACCACCGAGAAGCGCCGUGCGCAACUCAAGGCCCCUGGUAUUCUUCCCCGUCGAUCCGUACACGAGCCAGUACAGACUGGUCUUAAGUCUGUCGACGCAAUGGUGCCCAUUGGACGUGGUCAACGUGAGUUGAUCAUUGGUGAUCGUCAAACCGGAAAGACUGCUGUUGCCCUUGAUGCCAUGCUUAACCAAAAGCGUUGGAACGAGGGAACCGAUGAGAGCAAGAAGCUCUACUGUGUCUACGUUGCCAUUGGUCAAAAGAGAUCUACUGUUGCCCAAUUGGUCAAGACUCUCGAAGAGAAUGACGCCAUGAAGUACUCCAUCGUCGUGGCAGCCACCGCUUCCGAGGCCGCUCCUCUUCAAUAUAUCGCACCUUUCACAGCAACAUCCAUGGGAGAAUACUUCAGAGAUAAUGGGAAGCACGCUCUUAUCGUAUUCGACGAUCUUACCAAGCAAGCCGUCGCAUAUCGUCAAAUGUCUCUCCUUCUCCGUCGUCCUCCUGGACGUGAAGCAUACCCGGGUGAUGUUUUCUACUUACAUUCCCGUCUCCUCGAACGUGCUGCUAAAAUGCACGAAAGACACGGUGGUGGAUCUUUGACUGCUCUUCCAAUCAUUGAGACCCAAGGUGGUGAUGUGUCUGCUUAUAUCCCAACCAACGUUAUUUCGAUUACUGAUGGACAGAUUUUCUUGGAGGCCGAGCUUUUCUACAAGGGUAUUCGUCCAGCGAUUAACGUUGGUCUUUCCGUGUCUCGUGUCGGAUCUGCUGCCCAACUUAAGGCCAUGAAGCAAGUCGCUGGUUCCUUGAAGCUUUUCUUGGCUCAAUACCGUGAAGUCGCUGCUUUCGCACAAUUCGGUUCCGAUUUGGAUGCUGCUACCAAGCAAAUUCUCAAUCGUGGUGAAAGAUUGACUGAGCUCCUUAAGCAAAAGCAAUACUCUCCCAUGGCUGUUAACGAAAUGGUUCCUCUCAUUUACGCCGGUGUUAAUGGUCACCUUGACACUGUACCAGUCAGCAAGGUUCUCCAAUGGGAGGCUGACUUCAUCUCACAUCUCAGGACCAAUGAGUCAGACUUAUUGGCAACGAUCGAUAAAGAGGGUGCUCUCAGCAAGGACCUUGAGGCUAAAUUGAAGGACAUUGUUGUCUCUUUCACCAAGAGCUUCGUCUAA